GGUGAAUAUGAGGUUGGCGUUUCCUUGCUAAUGGCUGGUGAGCCCAGCGUUGAACUUUGUUGAUGGUUCGCAAUAAAAGUUGGACGGAACAGGAAAAUGAGCUGGAGUCGUGCAACAGGUUUUCAGCAAUUCAGGGCUUCUCCUGCCUUGCCUGAAGAUCGGGUCCUGUAUUCGGGUGUUGCUGUUAUCCCAGGCAGUUUUGAUCAUCGGGGAUCUCCACUUGUCAUAUUCCCCAGAGCACAGCAAAGCAAGCUGGUCUCAGAUUUGAAGCAGGAUGAUGUUGUUGAACUUAUCAAAUAUUUUCAUCUUCAUCUUGGUGAAUCACAAACUCGAAAUGGUCUAGUCUCCAUUGUAACUGAUUUAAGAUCUGCCACAUUGGAUGUUGUCUCCAUCAUUGUAAACAGUUUGCUGCAAGUUCAGCACCAUUUAGGAAGAGUAGUGGACACCUUUUAUGCUGUGCAGCCACAAAUGAAAGGUGUGAGGAAACAUGUUUUGAAAUCCCUUGGACUGGGUCGCAGCAAACCACAUUCAGAGCCACCAUUCAAGUGUGUGCUGCUUAAUGAAAUAUUUGAGUUAUUCAACUACAUUGAUAGGAGUCAGUUGACACCUGAUCUUGGUGGAUACUCGAUUUACCAGCAUAAAGCAUGGAUCCACUUCAGGAAGGAGAUUGAUGGCUUUAACCGUGAAUAUUUUACCUUGGCCCAGAGAUUACCUGGCUACAUAGCAGGCCUCCAGCAGCAGUCUCCUCAGUCAUUGCCUACAGAAGCUGAGGAAUUGGAGCAAUGCUGCCAGCACAUCAUGGAGCUUCAAGCAGUAUGGAAAAGGGAUCUGGGAAUUGAUGAUCUACUGAGAAAGUGUGAAGUGAUUCUUGAGAAGUUCAAGGAUCCCAAAUCUGAUCCGUGCUUUAAUGCCAUGGGUGGGUCCACUCAGUUUCAUCAGGCAGCUGAUGACUUACUUAAAAAGAAUGAAUGGAUAAGAGUAGCUAUGAAGAAGGUAGAAUUGCUAUGGCAACAGACACUCACCAGGGCUCAGCUUUCACUGAAAAACAUCAGGUGCUGGGAAAGGGCUCAGCAGAUCACUGAUUUGAUUAUUUCUGAAGGAAUGGGGAAGAUUCGUUCAUACAAAUUAGAAAUUGCAAACAAUUUGAGCCAAGCAGAGAUUCUAAAAUUGGAUUAUGAUGUCGCCAUUUAUAAUCCUGCAAUGAAGUUGAUUGCUGAAUGUGAGGACCUACUGCAGGAUUUUGAUGAAAUAACGGAACCUGGAGAAAGGGCAAAAGAUUGUAAAGAGAAACUCCGCAGAUUGAAAGACAUGUUCCACAUAGCUGUAGAGCUUCCCCGGCAAACUUUAAAAGCUGUGUAUGAUUUCUACGACAUUCUUGAAAAAGUUGCUGGUUGGUAUCACUUACUGUUGCAAGACAUCUUUUUUAAAGAGGCAGUUUGUGAUCAUAUGGUGCAUAACUUGGGACUUCGUCACGAGGCAGUCCUAUGCCUUAAACCAAGCUGGAGGGAUCAUGUUAACCGCUUCCUCAUUAAAGCUCCUCUUCCAACUGUUGGGGAGUUGGUUCGGCUCGGACAUUUGGCUGAUUGCAUUCCAGACACACUUCACAAGAGGAGGGGAAAGCUGCUGUCCCACCAGUGCUCAGUUUUAAGAAAGUUGUUGACUUCUCCAGGGCAAGUGCUGCUGAUUGACUUAGAACAAGCAGUUCAGUGGCAAGAAUUGUACUUAAAGGCACUACAAAAGAUAUUGGUUCCUUGUGCCAGCUCAUCCAUUGAUACUGACAUUACUAGAGGUACUGCAGUUGCUUUGAAGGCUGCCAAUGAACAUGUGGUGCAACAAGAGCCUUCGAAAAUAAAUUUACACAAACCAAAACAUGAAGUUGGCUUUGAGCUGUGUGACUCCUCAACAGAGAAACAUUUUAAUAAGACUGAUCCAGUUCAACAGAGUGGCAACUAUUUCAACAGUCGUCAUAAUGACCCGAAGUUACAGUUUACUGUCCCUCAUGAGAUGGGUGUUGAACGCUUUAACCAGGAAGGGAAAGGGCUCAGCAAAAGGCCACCUUCUUUAAGUUCUUUUGACUCUGGAAUUGAUGGGACUGGGACUUGCAACUAUGAGACUGUACCAUUUAUUUAUGAAAUGGACAACAGGGAGCAGGGGUUAAAAAGAGCCUUGAUCUCAUCACUAGCAGUUGAAACUGCAAAGCUAAAUGAAGAGGAUAAAUUUGAUAGAGAUGAGUCUAAGAGCCAAGCAAUUGGUGAAUUUGGGCUUCCUGAUUCAUUGUCCAUAUCAAGUGAAGUACAGCCCUUACUAAAGAAUAAUCCAAAUGCUUUAAACUUUGAGAUAAAGGUGAGCCGUUCAGCUAGCUUGCCCAAGAAUCCUUGGGUUAGCCUUUCUGUUGAGGAUCUUGAGAAAUCCUAUCUGAUCACGAUUACUCCCAAAAAACCUGCAUUGGAGGCAAAACAUUUUGAACCUGUAACAGGUGGAAUCUGUAAUAUAGUGCACAAGAAUGAAGAGAGAAAGUUGACUGGGUUUAGUGACAUGACUCCCAGUCUGAAUGAACUGCUCCCGAUGGAGGCCACGCCUUCUGAGAAGUUAACUGCAAUAAAGGAACAAGCUUUUGUUGUUGACCAAUGUGCUGUGAGCACCAGUGAGAGAUUUAAUCAUGCAGAGUAUCUCAAAGAACAGGAUCUGGAUCCAGACAGAAACGUUGAAUAUCUUGAAAAUGAGAACCUGGAAAUUCUCCAUGAUAAUUAUGAAUUUUGUGGAUCUGCAAUGUUACUCAAAAGGGGUGACAGUGAAAGAAAACACACUGGAUUUACUGAAGCUAAGACGUCUGACCAGGACAUAGAGGAGCAGGAGAAGCUUCAGGAUGAUGUGGAAAAGCUGCUGCUGAAGACGGCUAAAAUAUUGGAGGAGGAAGAAUCUGUGCUGAGACAAGAGAAGGAACUGGAACUGCUCUUGCAGUUAGAAGAAGGGGAAAGUAGUGAUGGACCUGAAGGGAACCGCUCUGUAUCUGACCAGCAUCAAGGGACUAUGAACAGUGGACAGGUGAUGAUGUCUCUGAGUGAGCUUUCAGAAGCCGGAGUGAUUGGAUUGGAGGACUAUACCUGGCAGGAAAUGGGACAGCAUGAAUUUCGCUGCAGUUGCACAUGCCCACAUUUAAAAUGUGAUGUUGAACAUGUACGGGGAGAAAGAGGAUCCAAGCAUUACAGUAGUCUUUGCUCUACAAAGCAUAAUGCUGCCCCAUCUGUUCAAGAGUCACACUGGGUGCACCACUGUGAUUCCAGGUUACUGCAAGAAUUGAAAGAACUCAAUCAAAUAGAGGACAGAAUUCUGGAAGAGAACUUGAAAAUAAGAGAACUGUGUUGCUCUGAGGAGGAGCAGAAAGUUGAAAUUCCAAUUUUACCUGAGUCAAGCGCAGGCCGAUCAAACAUCAGCAAAGAUAGAGUACAGUUCUUGAUGGAGCUGGAGAGGGAAAAGGAGGAGGUUGAGAAAAUGGAGCAAAGUCUGGUGAGGGAAGAGAAAAUGAGACGUAAAACUUUGAAGAAGCAGCUGCAAAUAUCUUCAAGGACAAAAUAUGGGAACCAAAAGAAACGUACAACAAAAUCUUCAGCACGGGAUGUGAAUUCUCACUUAAAAGCCAAUCAGGCUGUUGAAGUAAAAAGCCAGUUUCCUUUCACAGGAAGCAGGAAUUUAAAGUCCAAUGAUAAAUGCAAGAUCAAUGCCAUCAAUCCAGACUUGCAUCAGGACCCUAUUUGUUUCAAACAUUCUCAGGCCAAAUUGCAGAUUGGUCAUGGCACAAGUAAAGUAAGUAAACCAGUCCAAUCUAAUAAAAUCUGCCCACAAGACUAUGGUCUUGAUCUGACUAUAAAUAAUAUUUCUGUCCUUGCAGAAAAAAAUCCAUGUAUAAUUGAUGGCCAAAUAUUUACUCCUCCACACGAUGAAACCCCUGUACAGUCAGAUAAAACGGAACACAAGAGUAAUAUAGGAAUCUCAGAAGAAGCCCAUGUAGAAAUUGGGCAGGAGAUUGCUCCAGAUUGGUUGGUGUUGACUGAUGAGUGCAAGGAACAGUGCAGUGUUGAUGGUGAGACUGUCUGUUUUAGCCUAGCACAGGGAGAUGGUAAGAAAAAUGGCUCAUUGCAACUUGAAGUCAACAGAAGUGGAACUCUUGGGCAGUCUGCUAACUCUCCUGAGCAUGAAGUUAUUGACAGUAAAGAAAACUAUAGAGCAGACUGCAAAAACCAAGGUGAUGCAAAUGUACAGACAAACCAAGAGCCAAAGCCAGAACUGCGGACCGGUGUUACUAGCAAAGUGGAAAAGCUGUCAGCUCAUGUAAUUUCUCAGCAAUGCUCUGACAGAUCUCUUGAAGAUGCUGUUGGGGCAAAAUGUGGUAAAAAGGGCCAGCAAGGACUUCCAUUACCCAGACCCAGGAAAACUACGAAGCAGUACCAAACCAAAAGUCACCCAGAGCAAUACUUGGAAGAUUCCGAUCCUUUCUGGAAAUGUACAGAUCGUGUAGAAGCUGCUACAUUUGUGGGCACCUGCUCAAUGUCAAAGGAUCCCAGAACACAAGUGCCUAAUCCUGGUCUUCAAAUCAGGAACAAAAGUUCAUCAGAAGACCUCAAAAGGGAUACGAUGGGUAAAAAUUCAACCACCCUGUCUGACAGCUUGGUAAACAUAAAGAUCGAGCAGGUGGAUUGCAAGGAAGAUAAUUCUAGUACUGAAGCAUGCUCUUUAUUUACUUCCACUGAGGACAGAAAAUUAUCUUCUUGGAGAACAGAUUCCAAAUUGGUAAAUAGAGAUGUUUGUGAUGAAGGUAAAUGCAAUGAGCAACACAUCCUUUUAUGUAAUGAUGUAAAACAGGAAGCCGGUACAAUUUGCAAUAGCAGCUUAGAAUCAAGAGAGAGUUGCAUACCUGAAAUGUUGCAUUGUAAUGCAUCCAUAAGUAUCGGCACUCAGGAGGGUUCAGUACAUAUGCAUGAUGAUUCAGUUCAUCUACAUGAUAUUACAAAUCAAGACAUUCAACCUGUAUUUGAAGACUGCCAUGCCAGAGUGUCUGGGAUAUUUAAUACGGCAGUGAGUGCACAGACUUUCCAACCAUCUGUUUUCAAGCAGGCCUGUGAUUAUAAAACGCCACUUGUAUUGGAUACUGGUUCUGGUCUGAUGAAAGCAGGCUUUGCCGAUCAGGAAUUACCAACAACUAUAUUUCCCACAGUAAUUGGACGGCCAAAGUACGAGAGUGUUUGCAAUGGAAGGAACCAGCAGGAUGUUUACAUUGGCCAUGACGCUCAGCACUUGCGAGGAGUUCUUUCUCUGCAUUACCCAUUGGAGCAUGGAAUUGUGACCAACUGGGAAGAAAUAGAACAGAUCUGGCACCACACAUUUUAUCAUCAACUCCACGUAGAUCCAGAAGAACACCCCAUCCUCCUGACUGAGGCAGCCAUGAACCCACACAGGAACCGAGAGCGAAUGGUCCAAGUCAUGUUUGAAACCUUCAAUGUGCCUUUUACUUUUGUGGCGAUGCAAGCCGUUUUAGCACUUUAUUCUGCCGGGCGAACUACAGGUAUAAUCUUGGACUCUGGAGAUGGAGUUACACACACUGUACCAGUGUAUGAAGGGUACAACCUCCCCCAUGCCAUUCAGCGCUUAAAUCUAGCUGGUCGUGAUCUCACAGAGCAUCUCAAAAAGCUAUUGAAAGAAAGAGGAUAUUCAUUUAAUUCGACUGCAGAGCGGGAAAUUGUCCGAGAUAUCAAGGAGAAGCACUGUUACGUUUCUGGAGAUUACGAAGCAGAGCUAAGUAGCCCUGAAAAUGUCAGAGAGCUGCAGUACACAUUGCCAGAUGGACAGAUAAUUACAAUGGGAGAUGAGCUGUUCAGAGUUCCAGAGAUCUUGUUUAAGCCAGAGGUGAUUGGAAAAGAUCAUUAUGGAAUUCAUGAGAGUCUUCUCCGCUCUAUCAUUCUCUGUGAUGUCGAUUUACGGAAAACAUUUGUUGCAAAUAUUAUUCUUUCAGGUGGAAACACCAUGUUAACUGGAUUACCAGCAAGAAUACAAAAAGAAAUCUCUUCCAUGGUUCCUCUAGACCUGUCGGGGCAUGUGGAUGUUACAAGCCCAGCAAAUCGCGACUUCACAGUGUGGAGUGGAGGUGCUACCUUGGCAAGUUCAUCUGCCCUGGACUGUGCCUGGAUCAGCCAAGAAGAAUAUAAUGAAUUUGGUCCCAAAAUUGUUCAUAGGAAGUGUUUUUAAUUUAUAAAUAUUGAGCAGUGUUUUAAGACUUUCAUUAAUGAAUCUCAAAUGCAAUAAUUAUUUAAGCAAAAUUAAUUGACAGCAAUAUUCUAAAAUAGGGUUCAUAUUAUUUAUAGCAGUUUACAAUUUGUUCCUAGAUAGAUUCUGUUUAAAGAGGCAUGUAUAACCCCAGAGUUAUCAGUGCUUGCAGCUUGAUAGUUUAAAGUUUUCUUCAGCAAGUUGUGUUCCCAUUCUUUCCGUGUGUGGAUACCGGAAGGGAAGUGAUUGUGCUAUUUCUGUAUCCUGACUGCCAUAAGAUGAAUGGGUAGAAGUUCUCACUUCCAAUGACAUUCAUUUUGGGCUUGGGUUGAUUAUGGUUACUGAGUGAGGACAGCCAACAUCCUCUGGAUUAAGAGAAAAUUGAAAAAGGAGAGAGCAGAGGAAAACUGAAUGGGUUAAUCUAACUUGGGGUGCCAUUUCUUUGUCUUCACUGUCUUUUCAAAAAGGAAUCCUUGCCUAACAUUUCAAUCAAACCAUAUGUGUUACCCCUUGUAAGGGGACAGCGGGGGAAAGAGUAAAAACUUUGGCAUCCACUUGAGCAAGUCUUUCAUUUGUCGAAACUUUUGCCAUAUUAUUUAUUUAAACACAAUAACAUGAGCAAUCUCUACCUUCAUUUAAAGAAAUGUUUACUGCACUAAGCAUUACAGGAGAAGUUCUGUCUUCUUAAAUGUAUAAAGGAUCCCAUAUCCAUUAAAAUUUUCCAUAGACUCUACAAAGCUCUUUUCUGUAUUAUUCAAAAUCUGUGCCUUAGAAACAAAAUCACUGACAAUUUUGUGAACAAUGAGGUAAUAAGCCAAAUUCUAAUCAAUUCAAAGUUAUCAAUCUACUGUAUAUUGAAGGUCAUUCAUGUGAAUACAUUUAUAUAAAAAUGUUAUAGCUAAUGUUAAAAUUGGUUGUUUUAUUCAUUUUUAUAAUCUGGGUUAAUGCCAUUUGUACUUUUUCUGGAGAAUUCACAUGUUGAAAUGAUUUAUUCCAAUAUAAAUUGACCUGGAAUAUUCAUCACGUAAUUUUACAUGGCCAUAAUUUUUAGAACUCCUAAAAGCAACCUGCUUUAGACAUAGACUGUUGCCAGAGUUUACAAUGCGUUAAUUACUUUGUGCCAUUAAUAAGGCAGAACUUAAUGCCCCUUUGGAAAGAGUUGGCAGUUGCAGCGAAAACACUACAAUGAUCAUUUUUGGGAUCUGCAUCUGUCCCAAUGUUUGUCUCAACAUUAAGAUGUUUUGCUUUUAUAUUGAUAAUACUGUUAAAGUCUUGAUAAAUAUGAAGCUAUUUUGACAAGAUAUCUAUUUGAAGCCAACUUGUACAAACCAAUUUAGUUUUAGAAGUAUAGUAGCAGAAAUAAAAAAAAUAAUUGAAAUAACCUUGAAAUCAAAUAGUAGGAACUAUACUGCCAAUCCUUGUAUGCCUGAUGUUAUUUUUGAAAACAAUUUGAUAUCAAGUAUAGCACAUGCAAAAUACUAAUAUAAACUUGAGCAAAAUAGUUUUAAAGUUCUCUCAAAUAGCUGUUGGUUGGAUAAUGUUCUCUUGCUUGUAUUUGACAAAUGGAGAAAAGUUACAUGAGCAAGGAAUUUGCAAAAAAAAUUAUUGAAUGAUUCAUCUUGUCCUGGAACUCAGGAAUGAAGAACUGCCACCGAAAAAUAAACAAAUCCCUCAAACAUUUUGUUUUAAGCUGUCCAAUUCAAUUUUUGUCUGUUUCUUUAAAAAAAAAAUUAAUUAUUUUUUAUGAAAAGAAACUGAGCACAUCCAUAAUAUGGGGGAAGAAAUCUGCACAGAAAUGGCUCUAGUUGCUUUACUGCCAAACAUUUUUAAAAACAGUUUAGAUGUAGUAUUUUCAGACCCUAAUAAUGAAUGGCACUUCUGAAUAAGAAAUAUAUCUUAGGUCUUUGGGAAAGAGAAACCCAUCCCUGUUAACAAGUUUCUCCAGCCCCUUCCCCAUCAAUAACUAUCUAUUAUUUCACACAUCACAGUAUUACUGAUGGCUGCUCUUGAAGUAUUGUGUUGUAUUAGGUGCACAAAACACUUUUAACUUGGGGAAAAAAAGCAUGUCAACCAGAAACCUUUUUUCAACUUCCCAUAAAAUUGUGAAAUCAAACUGCACAUCAUUCUGAAAUAAAGUGAAGUACUUUUAAGCUACGUACAA